AAACGCGGCUUGGGGAGGCUGAGCGGGGGGCCGUGACAGAUGAUUUAAGAAAAUAGAAGUAGGUCAGUCACUCCGGUGAUUCAGCACCUCAGAAACCCCUGCUGACUGCGCGGUCUCUCCCAGCAUCAUGGACAAGAAGCAAGCUCGCAACUUUGGCGCCGGACCGGCAAAACUCCCACAGACCGUCCUUUUGGAAGCUCAGAAGGAGCUCCUGGAUUAUAAUGGCAUUGGGAUCAGUGUUCUGGAGAUGAGUCAUCGAUCUUCAGAUUUUACCAAAAUCCUAAACACAACUGAGAACCUGCUACGGGACCUCCUUGACAUUCCUGAGAACUACAAGGUGAUAUUCAUGCAGGGGGGCGGGUCUGGACAGUUCAGCGCCGUCCCCCUCAACCUGAUUGGUCUGAAGGAGGGCAGGUGUGCAGACUACCUGGUGACGGGCACCUGGUCCGCCAAGGCGGCCAAAGAGGCGGAGAAGUACGGCACAGUGAACAUCGUCAACCCCAAACUGGAGAGCUACACCACGGUCCCUGACCCCGGCACCUGGACGCUCAGCUCCUCAGCCUCCUACGUGUACUACUGCUGCAACGAGACGGUCCACGGCGUGGAGUUCAACUUCGUCCCCAACGCCAAGGGCGCCGUGCUCGUCUGCGACAUGUCCUCCAACUUCCUGUCGCGGCCCGUGGACGUGUCGAAGUUCGGGCUGAUUUUCGCGGGGGCGCAGAAGAACGUGGGGUGCGCGGGCGUGACCGUGGUCAUCGUUCGGGAGGACCUGCUGGGGAAGGCCCUGAAGGAGUGCCCCGUCAUCCUUGACUACCAGGUGCAGGCCGGAAACAACUCUGUGUACAACACCCCGCCCUGCUUCAGUAUCUACAUCAUGGGUCUGGUUCUGGAGUGGAUCAGGAACUGUGGUGGUGCAGCUGCCAUGGAGAAGCUCAACAAGGAGAAAGCCAGCCUGAUCUAUGACAUCAUCAACGGGUCAAACGGAUUCUAUGUGUGCCCGGUGGACUCCGGUUGCCGCAGCCGGAUGAACGUGCCGUUCCGCAUCGGCAAGAAGGACGGAGACGACGCCCUGGAGAAAACGUUCCUGGAAGGAGCCUCCAAACUGGGAAUGAUUUCCUUGAAAGGGCACAGGUCAGUCGGGGGGAUUCGGGCGUCCCUGUACAACGCCGUGACGCUGGACGACACUCGCGCCCUGGCAGACUACAUGACGGAGUUCCUGAAGGAGCAUCUGUAGCGGCCAAUCGGGGCCUGCCGUUCUCACAGACGCUGCUUUCCCAUUGGAGGGUCGCUGAGGUGGUGAUUCUGAGCUGUGGGGGGAGAGGGGAGAGGGGAGGGGUCAGGGGUUAGCGGUGGUUGCGCUGGGCCUUUUUUUAACCGAGCGACUGUUACAUCUGUCCUGUUACACAUCAAGUCAUGUUACACAUCCGUGCCGAUAGGUCAGUUCUGGGGUCAUAGAGACUACACACGGGGAUGGGUGGAGCUCAUUUGCAUAUUAACACCGUCUUUCCUUUCAAAGCUUCGACACGACCCGUUGCCCAGGUAACCGCAGUGCAGCCUGGCCUGCUCUGUUCUAAUGUACAUAGAUGAUGUCAGUCUGAGCCUUAAUGAUUCAUUUUUGCAUUCCACUAAAGAGCCCAAGGAAGAGAGCGUCGUCAGUGCCUCUCUUAGCGAUGGUGCUCAGCCAUUGUAUUUCAGUGAAUACUGUGUUGUGUUGUUUGUAAGCUUUAAUGACACUAAUAAAAACUGGUGUGACUGAG